AUGUCGCAGCAGACGGACGUGCGCGGAGCGACGGGUGUGGCGGAUCGCCGUCCGGCGGGGCUUGCCCCGUCGGCGGCCCCAUCCGGCCCCCCAUCUAUGACGACCAGAGCUAUGGCAGAGAGGAACACGAUUAUGACGGACCCGGCUUCGACUAUGGACCUCGAUUUGGCCGAUUUCUCCGAUACUUCCAUCGACGACGACGUCGUCCUGAGGCAGACACCGUCGACGGCGGCUUCUCGGAAGAAGAGGGGCACUGAUAGUGGUUCGCGCGCUGCCGAUGUGCCGGAUGAUGGCUUCCGCAGACCGCCGAAGAAGCGUCAAGCGCGGGCGGCGCAAGCUCAGCCGCAGGCGACGGAUAUUCCGGUGCACAACCGAUUCGAUGACAUCCCUGAAGACGCUGACGAUGCGGCUCCGCCCACUCUCCAGCACCAGGCGCAGCAGCAACACCGCUCUGUGUUCAACAUCAUCAAUGGCGCGCCCGCGGCUCGUCGCGGUCGCAGCCAUGACGCCGCCGCCACUUUUGCACCAACACAUUCACGCACCGCAAAACAGCUCGCCGACCCACCGACACAGCACAGCCGACAAACAAAAACAACCGCGGCGGCGGCAACAAAACAAAACAAACACCUCGCACCAAGCGUCCGACAGAAAACAAACGGACAGGCACACAGGCCUCUGCUAACGACCACGACACAGCGGCACGCUGCCCCUUUCCCGCCACUCUCGAUUCACAGCGCACGCGACCCCGUCGUCGACGACGACACGCGACGGGCUCGCUUCCCGCAACCUACACCUUUCCGCCACUACGCACGGCUCCACCCGACGCCCGUCGCAACGGCACUACUGCACGCACUAUCACCCCCGCCGCCGCCGCCGCCGCCGCCGCCUCCUCCUCUCUCCCCCUUCCCGUACACAACAACACAGCCAAAAACACACUCACGACCCAAACAUAACAACAUGGCACGUGCAUCGGCGCACACCCCCAACCAGUCACCGUCGACACAACCACACGCAAGGCACGGAAAAACCGGCGUCCUUCCACGUUGCCAUCAAAGCAGCACAAACAACCACACAGGAGGAACCACCAACAACUGCCGGCCGGCCGGCAACCACCAAACGCACAUUCCCGCUCGCCACCACACACCUCUCGGCAGCCGUUUCGCAAAGACAUGA